AUGAAGACCUUCUGGAAAAUUUCAGUUUUCUUCUUUGUAUGCGGUUUCCUGGAACCCUGUGCAUCUGCAACUGCCGUCAAGCGUCGCCCAAGAUUUCCUAUCAAUGCAGUUCCUAAUGGUGAAAAUGAGCUCUGUCCAAAAGUGAGAAUUGGUCAAGAUGAUUUACCAGGGUUUGACUUGAUUUCUCAGUUCCAGGUAGAUAAAGCAGCAUCUAGAAGAGCUAUACAAAGGAUAGUGGGAUCAACUGCAUUACAAGUGGCUUACAAAUUGGGAACUAAUGUAGACUUCAGGAUUCCAACCAGGCAUUUAUAUCCCGGCGGACUGCCUGAAGAAUACUCCUUUUUAACUACUUUUCGGAUGACUGGAAGCACACUUGAAAAGCACUGGAGCAUUUGGCAGAUUCAGGACUCCUCGGGGAAGGAGCAAGUUGGCGUGAAGAUUAAUGGCCAAACAAAAUCUGUUGCAUUUUCAUACAAGGGACUGGAUGGAAGUCUCCAGUCUGCAGCCUUUUCAAAUUUGCCCUCCUUGUUUGACUCCCAGUGGCAUAAGAUUAUGAUUGGUGUGGAAAGAAGCAGUGCUACUCUUUUUGUUGACUGCAACAGGAUUGAAUCCUUGCCUAUAAAGCCGAGAGGCCAAAUCAAUGUCGAUGGCUUUGCCGUGCUGGGAAAACUUGUAGAUAAUCCUCAAGUUUCUGUUCCGUUUGAACUUCAAUGGAUGCUGAUCCAUUGUGACCCACUUCGACCCAGCAGAGAAACUUGCCAUGAGCUCCCAGUCAGGAUAACGCCCAGCCAGGCUCCGGAUCAGAGAGGUCCCCCCGGCGAGCAGGGUCCCCCGGGGCCUCCGGGCCCCCCUGGAGUUCCUGGCAUCGAUGGCAUCGACGGUGACCGAGGUCCAAAGGGUCCCCCAGGCCCCCCGGGUCCUCCUGGAGAACCUGGAAAACCGGGAGCUUCUGGCAAGCCUGGCACGCCUGGCGCUGACGGAUUAACAGGACCUGAUGGAUCUCCUGGCUCUGUGGGACCAAGAGGACAAAAAGGGGAACCUGGUGUGCCGGGAUCCCGUGGAUUUCCAGGCCGUGGUAUUCCUGGGCCCCCUGGUCCUCCUGGGGGAGCAGGUCUCCCUGGAGAGCUUGGCCGUGUUGGACCAAUUGGUGACCCUGGGAAAAGAGGACCACCUGGCCCCCCUGGACCCCCAGGACCCAGUGGAACAAUUGGCUUUCAUGAUGGAGAUCCGUUGUGUCCCAAUGCCUGCCCACCAGGUCGCUCAGGAUACCCCGGCAUUCCCGGCAUGAGGGGACAUAAGGGGGCUAAAGGAGAAAUUGGUGAACCUGGAAGACAAGGCCACAAGGGUGAAGAAGGUGACCAGGGAGAACCAGGAGAAGUCGGAGCUCAAGGACCUCCAGGCUCUCAAGGACUGAGAGGCAUCACCGGCAUAGUUGGGGAAAAGGGAGAAAAAGGUGCUCGGGGCUUUGAUGGAGAACCUGGGCCGCGAGGAAUUCCUGGUUCAUUUGGUGAUCAAGGACAGCGAGGGCCUCCAGGAGAAGCAGGUCCCAAGGGAGACAGAGGGCCUCAAGGUUCUAGAGGAAUUCCUGGCCUCCCUGGGUCCAAAGGAGACACGGGCUUGCCAGGUGUGGAUGGCCGUGACGGGAUCCCUGGAAUGCCCGGAACAAAGGGUGAACCGGGGAAACCUGGGCCUCCUGGUGAUGCAGGACUGCAGGGGUUACCUGGUGUGCCUGGAAUUCCUGGUGCAAAGGGUACUGCGGGUGAAAAGGGCAACACAGGUGCUCCAGGGAAACCUGGCCAAUUGGGGAAUUCAGGCAAACCGGGCCAACAGGGGCCGCCAGGAGAGGUGGGACCCCGAGGACCCCGGGGGCUCCCUGGCAGCCGAGGAGAGGUAGGACCCAUGGGACCCCCAGGCCUGCCAGGUAAACUGGGUUCUCCUGGCAGCCCUGGCCUCCCUGGCUUGCCUGGCCCCCCCGGACUUCCUGGAAUGAAAGGUGACAGGGGUGUAGUUGGUGAACCUGGUCCAAAGGGUGAACAGGGUGCCUCUGGUGAAGAAGGUGAAGCAGGAGAAAGGGGUGAACUUGGAGAUAUAGGAUUACCUGGCCCAAAGGGAACUGUGGGUAACCCCGGGGAGCCUGGCCUGAGGGGGCCUGAAGGCGGUCGGGGGCUUCCCGGAGUGGAGGGACCAAAAGGACCACCGGGACCCCGAGGCGUGCAGGGAGAACAGGGCGCCACCGGCCUGCCUGGCAUCGAGGGCCCUCCGGGGAGAGCACCGACAGAUCAGCACAUUAAGCAGGUGUGCAUGAGGGUCAUGCAAGAGCAUCUUGCUGAGAUGGCUGCUAGUCUCAAGCGUCCAGACUCGGGAGCUUCCGGCCUCCCUGGGAGGCCUGGACUCCCUGGUCCCCCGGGGCCCCCUGGAGAGAAUGGCUUCCCGGGCCAGAUGGGACUUCGUGGCCUCCCAGGCAUGAAAGGGCCCCCUGGUGCUCUUGGUUUGAGGGGGCCUAAAGGUGACUUGGGAGAAAAGGGAGAACGUGGCCCUCCAGGAAGAGGUCCCAAGGGUUUGCCCGGAGCUACAGGCCUACCAGGUGAUCCAGGUCCUGCCAGCUUUGGGAGGAAUGGCCGGGAUGGUGAGCGAGGCCCUCCAGGGGUGGCAGGCAUUCCCGGUGUGCCCGGUCCCCCAGGCCCUGCUGGCCCUCCUGGUUUCUGCGAGCCAGCCUCUUGCACCAUGCAGGCUGGUCAGCGAGCCUUUAGCAAAGGGCCAGUCCAGUGAGAGGCUUAGUGCUGCCUGGCUGUCUGCAUGAACCACCCCUGGCAAAGGAGCUGGGAGGACAAACACCACCCGAAGCUGGGGCAAGGGACGGCCGUGUAUUACCUUCAACAUUAUUGCAGAAGUCCUACUUGACAAUCAGAUUUAGAUCGAUGGUGCUAUUCAAUAAAUCCUCUUUCUUUCCCUUGGAGGAGAGACAGCAGAGUCAUUGGUUAAAAACGAACAAGCAAAACCUCCCUUUGAAUACAUUUAUAAUCCUGUUCCCAGGAUCUUGAACUUUAGUGUGCUAUACAUAUGUGACAUAUUGUGGGCCACAGUGCCAAUAAACAGAAACAACUGUUUGGUUUACCUCAGUUGCCGUAGUUAUUUUCAUUUGUAAUGAGAUGUUCGCAGAUUACUGUGCAGCCAUAUAGAGGAUUUGCAGACUAGUUAUGAAGAAACCCUUCUGAAGUCAAUAGAAUGGGGGCCUAAAAUGCCCAUCAGUGUGCUCUCUGGGGUGACAAGGAAGUGCUGUGCAAUGAGGAAUGAUUUCUCCACGGCAUGUGUUGGUUUCCAUGGUCAGCCUGAAUUUUUGUGGAAUUGUACUGUAUCCCAAACCUGUUAACAUUUUGAGCUCUUCUAUGUGAAAGUAAAGAAGGACUUUCAAUAUCCUGUCAUGCGCAAGACUUAUUGAUGAGAUUAUUUAUUUUUAAGGUGUGAGGCAACAUCUCUGGUUGUACCCAAGAAGAAAUAAAAAUGGUUUCUUAA